CGUGUUGAUCUGUUUAAUCACUCUGUCUGUUACAGGUACAGUGAUAUUAUAUAUAGUGUUGAUCUGUUUAAGUGGUUCUGGAAAAUUGUCUUGAUUUGUACAGAAAUAAUAUAAUUAAUAUGAAUGUAUGGUAUAAUAGGAAUGUCUGAAUUGAUGAUUUGAGAACGUCCACUCCUGCCUCAUUUGAACUAGACAACAGGUCAUUGAGGGUUUUAAUGUUGUUAUCUACUCCAGAACUGCAGGUGAAGGUGACCACUACAUGGUGGUCAACUACACUGACCUGUAGCACCACCUGUACUCUGACUGGUAACCCCACCUACACCUGGUACAGGAACAGUAAGAUUGUACAAGGGGCCUCCUCCCCCUCAUACACAGUCUACUUUAAAACUGAAGACAGCUUCUACUGUGCUGCAAAAGGCAUCAAUUCUAAUGCAGUUUCUGUUGAGGGUCACAGUUAUUUCCACGUGACUUACACCCAUCAGAGGAUCUGUACCUUGAAGGGGACAUCAGUGGACAUAUCCUGCUCUUAUACUUAUCCCAGUGGUCAUACAGUCUCUGAAAUAAACUGGUAUACAAAAGGAAAACUUAAUGAGGCGUCUCAAAUCCUGAGCCCGGGGUAUGGAGGUCGUGUGGAGUACCUUGGAAAUAUGCAGAGUGACUCCAUCCUGAGAAUCACAGACCUGACAGAGGAGGACUCAGCUGAGUAUAAGAUUAGAUUCAGAACAGAUCAGACAACCUGGGAGCCCACCUUCCCUGGAACAACUCUGACUGUCACAGGUCUGCAGGUGAAGGUGACUCCUGCCACUGUGACAGAGGGACAGAAUGUGACACUGACCUGUAGCACCACCUGUACUCUGAGUGACAUCUCCAACCCCACCUACAUCUGGUACAAGAGUGGACAUGUAACCACAAAAUCUACCAGUCUGUUCCUAAACCCAGUCAGCAGUGAGGAUGCAGGCAGAUACUCCUGUUCUGUAGAAGGACAUGAGGAUCUCCCUCUGCUGAAGAGACUCUCACUGUCACAUACGGCCCAAAGAACACCUCAGUGUCAGUCAGUCCCUCUGGUGAAAUAGUGGAGGGCAGUUCAGUGACUCUGACCUGCAGCAGUGAUGCCAACCCACCUGUGGACAAAUACACCUGGUA